AUGUCCGCCAGCCUCAAGCCACAGGUCAGUUUGGCCCCCGACAGCCAGCGUCAUCGAGCUCAGAUCUAUACGCGGUGCCUGGCUGUCAGCGGCUGCAGGGAUGCGUCCUGCUGUCUUCUACCAGCUGAAACAGGCAAGGCACUGCUGCGCUUGACUAGACAAUUUGGGCCCAUCCUCGCUCGCGCCUUUACACUCGCAUCGCAAUGCACCCACUACGCUCGGGACACGCACAAUCCCUGGGGGUCGACAUGUCCCCACUCUGCUACCAUCCUGAACCCGCCUUGGGAAGGAGAGAAGAUGCUAGCCAGAGCCCACCCUGGCUACAAGCUCAUUGGCCUUGGCCUCGAUCCGACUCGAAUCCUGCACAGAGCAGCCGUUGAAGGGGGCCUGCCCAUCAGUGCGCGCUGCAUGUACAAUUCCGAGCCAGCCUUUUUCGAGCUACGAACCUUGGGAGGAUGCUAUCCCACGUCAGUCUCCAGUUCUUGGUCAAGCCACCGAAUCUUGCGAGGGGAGCUUCAUCUGCUCCCAGUCUUCCAGCCAUAUAUCUAUCCAUAUAGCUACCUCUUGUUCAUACCACUCCACCAUCAUCGACUUGUACUCAACUCCCAUCUUGCACUACUGUUGCUACAUACUACCACACACUCCUUACCCUUCACACCCACAAUGAACCAGCCGACACAACAGGAGCCCACCCCCACACCAUCACCCAACCCUACUCCUCAAGGCUCCCCAUAUCCCAAACCACACAACCCAUACGCCAGGAUGUCGCAGCGACGAGCAAUUGCAUGCACCAUCUGUGCAAAGGCGAAGACCAAGUGUGACAAGGCGGUGCCUUCAUGCUCCCGCUGCACAGCAAAGGGCCUUCACUGCGAACCUCGUUCAACUCGCCGCACUUCUGACAACAGCUACCGCAAGCCCACCAAACACCUCGUCUCUCCCAAGAGAUACCCUACCACCAACUCCAUUCCCGCUCUCGGCACCUCUCCCCGCAGCGUUCCUUCUUCCAGCAGGCCCGGGCUGGUGCGAGCUCUUUCUCAAAUGGACUUCCACGCGGCUGCCAAACUUGGCCAACAGCCCGGAAGUUUCACCAACUUCAACAUGCUCUCCCCGCUACCAACAUCCUACUCGUCUCACGUCGUUGACGACUGCUACUCUUACUCCAGCAGUCCUGAGCAACAGAUGGCUGCUUUCCCCAUGAGUAUGGAAAAGAACUACGCUGCUCCCCGGUGUGAGACACCAGGCACGCCCGACUCUUUUGCGUCUUACGAGGCUCUUCCCAUGGGUGAUCCCUUCGAUCCCUACAUGAACAACACCGCAUGGUCUGACGACGGUUCAAUUCCCAUUGGUCUUGGAUUCGAGAACGACAUUCCGGGCAUGCUUCCUGGCGAGAUGUGGGGCACCCCUGAGCCUGAGAUGGCACCAUCAAACAUCUGUGACUCGCCUGCCUCCAUGCACGGCUGGUCCAACCACCCUCUCUCGGUCUCGCCGCCUCAGAUGCCCAUGAGCAUGCCUCCUCACACCAAGUCAGUGCCUUCGCUUUCCAUCAGCGAAUGCUCUGCCGAAGACUUCGCCUCUCCACAGCCUGUACAAGAGGAGUGGACAGGUUUCCAAGCCAACGGAGCUCAAAUGAUGGCUAAGCCCAUGGUCACUCGUCCCUUCAUGGGCGAGAACGUCAAGGCAUACCCCACUGCCCCCCAGCCUGUUUGGGAAGAUGUCAUCAUGCCCCGUUCCCAGGGCUAUUAA